GAAAUGUUGAAAACAUCACAAAACAAGAUGUUUGCAGCUUUGAAGUAUCACUCAACAGACUAUUUAUAUGAGAGCAUGGCCAGACAGAAGUUUUCCAUCUGGAAGUUAUCACUUUGCUUUCCUCCCUGCUUACAUCAAGAUGAAAAGUAUCAUCUCAAUGGACUCUUUGCUGAUGAUAAGUAUAGGAAGCCAUGGACUAGAAUUGGUUCAACACGGAACAUGAUUGCUAUUUCAAUAUUGGAUCAAUGGAAGAAAAGUUUGCCUGUGGAGGAUUUCCUGGAAAAGAAACCUAUCUCCUCUGUAGAGUUUCAGACUAGUAAUGAUUUAGUAGAAGUAAUUCCAAGUUCAAAUCCAUGCUCUGAGACUGACAUGGAAGAACCUUUUUUACUUAUAAAGAAUGUUUCUAAGGAAGAUUCUACCCAAGACAAAUAUUUGAAGAUUUACUAUGCCACUGAAUUUAAAGAACCAUGGCAAGAUUUAUGUUUGGAAGAGGAUUUUGUUUUUAUCGAUAAUCUUGAAAAUUUUCGUAAAAAGCUUCCAACUUUAUCUAUACUUCGGAGCAGACUACAGUUUUUUUUAGUGAAAGAUCCCCUUUUAGAUUCUGAAGGACAGAUUUUAACAGCAGAGAAUAUGUUCAGAGAAUGUUUGACUUUCCAAAAUGAAAUGAAGAUGGAAGAGAGUCAAAAGGAAUUGCAGGGGAUUAAAGAGGAUUUCUGUACUGUAUCAAUAAAAGACGAAGAGUAUUUCUUGUUGCCUGUUGAGUUAGAAUUCAGCAAACCCAACAAUGGCAGAUCUGAUUGUGUUAAGAGUCCAUCAUACUUGGAACUAAAGGAGGUGUUAAAUUUAGCUCCAGUCACUGUAGAUGAUGAAGACCUUUGCAAACAAGUGAUCAGAGAAGCUGAAUAUAUUCCAUAUUUGAAAGAUGAAAUGGACAUGCCUUUAACUCCUCCAUGCAGACAACAAAGAUCAUGGGCUAAUUUUCUGUGCAGAGGACUUCAAGAAGAACCUAUUUCUCUCUCUGGUAACAGUAUUUUGAUUGCAGAGCCCUCUAGGGAAUUCUUAGAAUCUUUGGUAUGGCAAUCGGAGAAGUAUCGGGAUAACAUGAGCUCUCUUUUGCUUGUUGAGCAUCCAGCUGUUAACCUUGUGCAUCAGCGUCAUUCACUGACAGAGCUGCAGAAAAACCUGCCACCUGAGGUCGAAGCACCAAUGCUUAGCUCACUACAGGAGGGCUGGUGGCUUCAUAUGGGUUUAAAUCCAGCAGCGGUAGAAAUUUUGGAACAAUUGGAUAUGGAUGGCAGUAAAGCAAACAGUCUUCUUCCUACAGAAGUAGAAACAUUCACACAAUUUACAUUGUAUCAAUUAGAAAGAUGGCUUGAAGAGAAGAAUUCUGUGACAAACCAAGAGCUGCUUUCUGCUGAAAGACAUCAGUCAGAGAAAGUAGUCAAUCCUGACUUGACACUGCAGACUCAAAGGCAGUGCUCUGCCAUGAGUGCUGCAUCAUCUGCCAAAAUUCACUGUACAAAUACAUCUGUGGAAGACCGUACUGGAGGAAGCAUAAGAAAGAUUAAGACAGAAGAGGCAACUUGCUUCUUAAACCAAGAAAAGAAAAUCCCCAAACCAUCUGAAUCAGACAGCUGUAAAGAUGUGUCUUCUAAACUAGACAACUCAUCCUGUAGUGGAAAGCCUGCACCACUUGCACUUGCUUCUGAAUGGGCCAAUGAUGAUUCUGAUCUGAACAACUUUAUUAUGAUGAGAUCUAAACAUACAGUCACCCAAAGAGAGGAAAAAUAUUAUGUAGAUAGACCUGAAAAAGUGGUACAGCCUGAAGAGCAGCAUAUGCAUGUUCAAGAAGAGGAUGUUUCUGUUUGUGAGACUGUAAAAACAGAGGAAAAGACCCAAGAGAAUGAAGACAGUAUCACUGUCAAUAUUCUAGCAUCAGAAAGCCAGUGCCAGGCAUACUGCCUCUUGGAAGAAGCAGCCAUUCCUGUACUAAAAGAUUUGACAUGUCUGGGUGUACUUGCUUCUGUUAUUUGGAGCUUUGACAGUGUUAAAUUUGAUCAUACAAGGUUUUUCUUAAAACAGCAAGAGAAAGUGAUAUGUGAUAAUUUUAAACAAGGUAAAAUAGAUGAGAAGGAGAUCAUGCUGUUCAGACAUGCUGCUCUGGUACACCUGCUAGUGACAGUUCGAGAUCUGCUACUAACAUGUGGCUUGGAUACAGCUCUAGGUUAUUUGUCCAAGGCAAAGGAUAUCUAUAAAAACAUUUUAGAAUCCUGUUUGAAUAAUAUCUGGAGGCAGUUGAAGAUUGUGCAAUACAGCAGCCAGAAAAAGCAUGAAACACAUCCCAAAAUAACAGCACUUCAGCGUGAAAUAUUAAAUUGGAUGAAAAGUUAUGGAGAGAAGCACAGUGUUAAGAUACUAAUCAUUACAAGGAUGGACUCUGAAAGAGAAAAAGCUGCCUUCAUUCACCCAUUAUCUAUGAUAGAAGGCUUGAAAGUUGUGGAUUUGAAUUCUGAGAAAAAAGGAAGCCAUUUAGGUUGCAAAGAGAUCAUAAGCAGCCUUAGUAGAUAUUCCUGCAUUAUUGUACAUAAUCAGCAACUUGGACCUGACUUCCCUUGGACACACUUCUCAUUAGUAAUGGAAUAUGAUUAUUCUGAAAAUUCUGGCUGGAAAAAUCUGUGCAAAAAUCUGGAUGUUACUUAUAUGACUUUUAAAACCACCCUCCCUGAAACAGUACAAAUGGGGAAUCGUGGUGGUUCCUGUCUUCUGGAAGUACAGAUUCCAUAUGUAUUUCUGACAACUGAAGGUCUUCUUAAUAUGCCAGAUAUUCUUCAGCUUUUUGAGUCCAAUUACAGCAUUACCUUUGUUGAAAGAAGCAGUAGUUAUUCCUUAAGGCUCUUUGGAAGUAUAGAUCGAUACGUUGUGUUGACAAUAGAUGAAUGUACUGCAAUCUUUUUGCAGAGUAUGGAAGAACUAAAUUGUGAGGACUCCUGUGACACUGUAAUAUCAAGGCUGGUGACAUUAUCACUCCAAUAUACAUGCUGUUGGAUUAUUUUCUAUUCCAGAGAAAGACUGAGUUUAGAGUACAGUCUCAAGGGAAAUACUCUGCUUAACCUUGUCUCAAUUUAUGCCAUUCUAAUUGAACUUACACCGAAGUCAGAAGACUUUGAAGUGAAGGUAGUUCUUACACCAGGGAUUGAAGAGACAGCGCUGAUAAUUCGUCAGAUUGCUGACAACAUUUUGAUAGCAUCUAAUAUCAGUCCUCAUGAGUGGCUGGACAAGUCCUGGCUUUCAGUCUUGCCAUCUGAGACAGAGAAAUGCCUGCUUACUUUUCCAUGUAUCAAUCCUCUGGUUGCUCAGUUUAUGUUAAAGAAGGGAUCUUCACUGAACAGGUUAUUUCUUGCAAGCUUUGAUCAACUCCAGGAACUUCUGCCAGAGGUUCCGAAAAAAGUUUUAAAGCAUUUCAGUGACAUGAUAUCUUCAUACAGCCUAAAUGCUGCUUCUCACCUAGAAAAAACAGUGAAAGGUGCAUCACACCCAGAAAGCCUGAAUAACUUCAACGCAUUGUAUCUUGAUAAUAAACAAAACUGUCAGAUUUUAGAGCUGCUUGAUAAGGCACAAAACAGCACAGGAACAUCUCAUAUGAAUUCUGAAGCCCUAAUUCCUCCACUGAAUCAUCAUAAGGGUUUUUUAAAGUCUGAUCUUCCAAGCUGUAUGCAAAAGAAGGCAUGCUCAUCAGAUAUAAUUACAAGGAGGAAGCCAGAUUUCUUUGCUGUAUCAAAGGACUGUGAAGAUUUUGCUCAUCUAGAUGUUAAAAAUUCUCUCCAUGUUCAAAGACAGCCUUUCAGGAUGCAUGAUAGCUCUGGUCAUUCUUCCAAAGACUCUGAAAAAGAGGAUUUCUUUGCAACUUUCAGUGACUGUGCACCUCAGGAGAGCUCUAAGAGUUUUCUAGAAGAAUUUAGAGAUGCAACAUUUAAAAGCCCAGAAAUUCAGAUUGACCAGCCCAUGUGGAGCUCAUCAUCCACAGGCCCACGUAAUUCAUUUGGUCAUGAUGAUUUUCUCUCUGAUUUCUUUGAUGAUAUGGAUGAGCUUCAAAAUCUGAAUUUUAAACAAAUAGGUGGAGCAUCUACAGGAAAGAGAAAACAAAAUUCUUCAUUCUUAUGGACAAAAGAAAAAAUUAAAACAGGAUUUUCAGAAGUACAGGAGUUCAAAAAAAGGAGAUUGACAUAUGAAAGAGUCCCUGGAAGAAGAGAUGGACAAACACGUCUUAAAUUCUUUUGAAUGGAAUGCGCAUUUGCAUAUUACAUACUUUUUUUUUUUUAAUUCUUGACAUCCUUAAAGGAAAAUAAAUAAAUUAUUGUUGUUGUUAGUUUCUAGAAAGAAAUUAGGAUUUGGAAAUUCUUGCUAGCUCAGGAUUCUUCUGUAUGUUUUUCAAAUGUUAAUAAACAAACUAGUUUCUUGAA